GAGCUCGUUGCUCUAUCCAAACAAGACACCAUCUCCAACAUCGACGAAUUCAGGAACUAUGAGCGCAACUUCAUUCGCGUCGGCGGAUGGCUCCUAGGAAAAGGCAAGAUCAACGAACAACAGAGCAACUACUAUUUCUGGAAAGGACUACCCAAGACGCUGCGAAACCAACUGGAGCGAAAGCUCUAUGAACUCUACCCCACUGACAUUGACGUUACAGUGCCUUUCAAGAAGGAACACAUCAUCGCCGCUGCUGAAGUACUCUUCCCUAGGAAUCGAUUCGACAUGGACGACUCUGACGACGAAGAAGAUCUCGGUUUCCUCAAAAAGCGAACGCGCUCUAGAAAACCUCGCCUAUUUGCAGGGUAUAACGACGACGACGACUCAGAAUCUGACACUCUAAUAGAAGAAUCAGAUGAUGAAGACCGCUGGCGAUCUCACCACAAGACCAAGAAGAACAAGACCAAGGACACCAUCACAUCGGCGUAUCCACAGCAACUGGACAACAAGAAGCAGGAAGAAGUCGAACAGCUCAUCACACAGCUACACGGUAUGUCUCUGAACGACCCAACUUAUGCGGCUCUAUAUUACAGAGCAAAGAAGAUCGACCCUGACAUUGUCGGAGUCGUAUCAGCCCCCUCGACUAUGGUACAAUCGACGCCUCAAGUUAUGAACAGGAACUAUAACUCGACUCCACCUAUGCCGACUCAAGUUCAAGCACAGCCACCGCCUCAGCCGCCGCCUCAGCCUCAACCACAGCGACAGUAUCAACAAUCACCCUCGACAUUCCCCAACAAUUUUAGGCCAACUCAAUUCAUGUGUUACGGAUGCGGACAGGCAGGGCACAGGAUAGCAGUCUGUCCUGAGCUCAAGCCCUACCGUGAUCAGCACUACAUCAAGACAGUUGACGGACGACUCGUGCAAGCUAACGGCGAACCCAUACCUAGGAAUCCAGGCGAACCUAUGAUCAAAACUAUCGAGCGGAUGUUCCCAAGGUCCAACAUCACUGUGGUUCCAGAAGAACUCGACCAGAUCUGGAUGAACAAUGAACAAGAACAAGACGACGACGACGAUGAAGUCACUGUCUAUAUGGCACGUGAUGGAUUGCGAAGCGGUACCAGACCCAAGGACGGCUCAAAAGCAAAUCGGAUCCCAGCGCACGACGCCUCCUUCCCCAAAAUGACCAACAAAGGAUGGGUAGGCAAGCAGCGAAAUCCUCCCAAGCCCGUGGACACCCAGCCUCAACACACCCCAGUCGACGUCUUUGACAAGGCAUUCAACUCGGACGACUCGGACGUCAUUAUGGAAGACCCUCAACUUGCGCCUGUCACUAUACUCAAACGACCUUCGCCUACCACUCAGGAGAAGGACCGCGAAGCUCAGAAGUCUGGCAAACUGACAUCUUUAAAUUCUGAACAGGUCGAUCACGACGCCAUCUACAAUCGUUUCCUCAACGCCAAGGUUGAACUUACUCAACAGGAACUCUGCGCUAUCUCUCCAGAGAUUUCUAGGCGAGUUGUCAUGGAUAACAAGCCUACCAGGUCUCAACUCAAGGAAAACAAGGAGCAAGAACCUACCGGACCUACCGUUGCAAGAAUUGUGGCGACAAUGCACCAGCACCGAAGCUUCCAUCGCGCAUCACAGAAGUCUCAACUCAAGGAAAACAAGGAGCAAGAACCUACCGGACCUACCGUUGCAAGAAUUGUUGGCGACAAUGCACCAGCACCGAAGCUUCCAUCGCGCAUCACAGAAGUUCGCCAGAGUCUCAUCAAGAUCAAUGCUGAAAUUAAUGGCAACACUAUACCUGCGGUCAUCGACACCGGCUCUAUGAUCAACAUCGUGCACAAGACCAUCUGGGAACAAUACAUCAAACGACCUCUCGACAGAUCUGUUACCUUCCCGGUAAAAGAUGUCAAUGGCGGAACAGGACGACUAAUCGGUUUGGUUGGAGAAGUACCUAUCGACUGCGGAAGAGCAAGGACGAUCGCCCAAUUAUGGGUAUCGGAUUCUAUCGACUUCCCUCUUUUGCUAGGGCGACCUUGGACAUCCUCAAAUUCAGUCGAUAUUAUCGAACGGGACGGCACCUACCUCAUAUUCAACUACCCGGAACACAACGUGCAACUCGAACUCAAGACCAUGGGCCUAACUACGGAUAACGGACUUAGCGAAAAUCGCGAACGCGCCGGGCCGGAACGUCACCGGUGGCGUGAGAAGCCACCGCAAGACGCGCCUCACGUGCUCGCCACGCGACUACCGGUCAUGGAGGAAUGCGACACUCGAUCUUAUCUCUCAGCAACACCGCCACCCCGACGCCCGACCACCGACACCGACGAUCUUUUGGACGACAUCGCCGCUCCUUCGAACUCGCAACUCGCCCGCGCCCAGUCAAGAGGCGACUCUACGGACCUCGACGACGACGAAUGCCAACGCAUUCAGGCGUAUAUUGACGCGGCCAUCCGGUCGGGUCAAGGUACGCCUCAUGCCCAUUCGGAUUCCCCGGAUCUCGCCGCCGUUACUGACCAUCAGCAAUUCCUUCUCAGUCUAGGAGAUCCUUAUCGCGCCCGCCUCUUCACUCGACCACUGCGCGGCGGGGAAUGGACGCCCCUCGAAGACUCGAUCGCCCAUCUCCCAACGGGGAUGCGCAGGCUACUCGGUACAUACGGCACCUUCGAAGUAACGCUCACCACCUCAGACAAUAGGCGGACGCGCGUCCUCGUCACCUUGGCGCACCCUCGAACGGCUCCCGAACACACGCCCUCGCCGGAUUUGGCCCGACUCCAUCAAGAACCCACCGAUAUGAAUCACCGGCACGACCUCGACUUACCUCAUGAAGCCUCAUCCGGCAGGAUCGACUCACGCGAACGCCUUCAAACACCCAGCCCAUCUGACAACAACAAUCUGCUCCAUUGCUCGUCUUCCCCUCUCGACCUCCACCAUGCUCACCGCGGCAGAAUCGUCGAACUCGACGAUGCCGGUGAGUACAUCGGCAGCACUCAAACGUUAUCCGACUCGAGCAUCUCUAGGCACCCGGCGCGUCCAUUGCUCCCUAGGACAAUAGCUGGCAGAUCGCCGCCAGCGGACGCCUCGAUUCUCGAACCGACGAUACCCACCACCACCAGCGACACCGGCGAGCCCCCACCAGUCGAAGCCGACCAUGAACGCUACCCCGACUCGCGAACCGGAGAGACGCCCGCUACGCCUAGGUCUAGGCUUUGCGAGCGCGGACGAUCUUCACCGUCGUUAGGUACGUGCCGGGCGAAAAUUCGGAGCCGCUCGCAGCGAGACCGAUGGGUAGAAUCCCCGAACCUCGUACGCUCGACUCAAGACCCCGGACGACUCAUCGAAUACCUCAACGCGGCCGCCCUGUUUCGAGAAGAGAUACACCCGCCUGACGGAUCGGACGCGGUACUGUACAUCAUCGUCACGCCCUCUCCCUACGCUAACAAACACGACGACUCUUCAGCCGACGGUAGCGGAACAAAUACACCGAAUCGGACACAGGACGUACCUCCCGAAGAUCCCCGCAGAUGGCCGUCGUCCUUUCGAUGCUCCGACCAGAUGCCGCGCUCACCUCGCGAGCGGGACACGGGGUUACCACCGAGCGAGCCUAGCAAGGAUACUAGAAGCACGGAGGACGUGACAACGAGGUAUGCCCGGUACCCCAUCUCACGUACUCCGCAGGCUAAUCCGAGCGGCGUUCCUCUCCUCCAGCCCGUUCGGUACCGCUCUGCCGAGAUUGGAAGCCGUCCGUUCGCGACACGACCAAACGGAGACGAGGCGUCGACAUCGCGAAACCUCGCGCACCACCCAGACAAUACCGCGUUCGACUCCCAAAGGCAAGAUACCCCCUUCGACUCCCGAACCAGGGCGCUGCGCAGGACGAUCGGUGAGCAUACUCCGACUCUCGACGAGGAAGGACGGCCCCACUCGACGGCGAGACUGUGGAACCAUCGCUCGUCAGGCUCGCUAUGCAAUCCUACGGCUUUCCUCGGCAACACGUACGGCUCACUCAUGGAACCAUCGGUCCAGGCUCUCGCGACGAGCAUAAAAGCUCAGAAUCCGACGACGACCCUCGCGCUCGAUGCGUACCCGUCUCCGCCUCAAGAAACGACUUCUCCACUGGAUUCUUCGCCCUCGACGACUCUCUCGCAACGGCCCACACCCGGCUCCAACGCGACAGUCAACGGACCGCUCGAUAUAGGACUCAAAGACGAUAUGAUAGAGGAGGGCGGCUGGACUCGCCUUCCGGACCCGACUUCCCCUUCGCCGGCGACGAUCUAUGCUCCGCAGCCCCGCCCUGCUACGAACCCCGACACCUCGUCGAACACGCUACACGCCAGCUCUAUACAAUUCCCGAGCACACCGCACCCACUCACCGGACGCGUCCUCGACGACGAAGACUAUCGGCCCAUCGUCACGGAGGCCGAAGGAACAGGCGAAGAUGUCGACUUCCCUGGGUACUACCGGGCAGCCGGUUGCCUCAUCCCUCUCGGCGACCCUCUAUUCAGCGAGAAUCGGUUCAAAGCCCCGAUCCGUGCCGAAUCUCCCCCGUUCUACCCAAACUCGAUCCAUCUCCUGAUGGCCUCCGACCGCUCGUAUUUCAAGACUCUCUCGGCGCCUACGACCCCCGAACCAGCUACGCCGGACGACCCGCACUCGUGCACCUAUGUCAUCAAGCUGGUCCCUCGCGACGACCCUCGACUUAACGGACAUCCUUUCAAGCCGAGCAGACUUCCCGGCCCUGGCGAACCCAUUGCGUCGCACUGGGUCAACGAAGAGACCCCGCUGCUGUACAUCAGCGAAGGCUUAUUCCAGAUACUAUCGGUCGGCUUUGCGCUUCGCCCGUUCCGCGAUAGCGGCACCCUCGAAUAUCGCAAGAACUUCGACGAAGCGGUGGACCGUCUCCGAGAAGAUGGUAUCGACCCUUACCCUGAGCUCUUAGGGUAUUAUCGCGAGGACGGCUACGCCAUUCCUAUCGGCCAACCGCCCUCGAGCGACCACCGAGUCAAGCUGCCGAUCCGAGCCGCGUCUCCUCCAGGAUUCCCUCGCGCUAUUCACGACCUCGCCAUCGCGGCACCACUGGUUUUCCGACCGCUAUCCGCACCCUCGACGCCCCGACCCCCUGAAAGCCAGUACCACGUCUCGAGGACGUACGUCCUCGAACUGGUACCGCACGGCGACCUCAGGCUCUGUGGCCGCAUGCUCCGAAGCAGCCGGCAGCCUCUGCACGGAGAAAACAUCUCACCUCACCAAACCGACGACUCGACUCCCCGGAUGUACUUCGUCGAGGACGACUUCAACAUCCUCGUCAGCAUGACGCGAGAAGCGCGAUCUGAUGCUUCUAGCAUCGACUCACCGAAGAACGGCUCUCUUCCGACGACGCAAGUACAGGACGAGGAGCUCCAACAAGCUCUGCUCAACGGCGAGUUCCCCGCUCUGCCCGACGAAUACUACGCCGCCGCUGGAUACGCGAUUCCCAUCGGGGAACCCCCCGACAGCCCCCUUCGAGUUAAAGUCCCUAUUCGCGCCGCUUCACCACCUGAUCUCCCCGGCUCAAUCCACGACCUCUCAAAGCAGAUGCCGCGCAUCUACCGCCCGCUAUCUGCGCCGACGACACCCGAUCCACCUGCACGCGACUAUCCGACAUCAUGCACUUACGUUCUCGAACUCGCCGACGACCGCGACCCUAGGCUGGCAGGAAAACAUCUCAGGGCUAUGUACUACAAUCCCGACGACAUGCCCCGCCUUCUUUUCAGCCAUGGACUGUUCAAACUGCUGGCCCGGGUCUCGCAUCAAGCCAUCAGCAACCGAGCCCGCGAACAGGAGCUCACGGAAAUGCAGGCACGACGUCAGCGUCUGGAAUUGCCCGACAUCGACAUGGACGCCUCCGAUCUUCAGGGCCCCAUGCGCACCAACGCACUCGUUCUAUCGCCCCCGGUCCCGCCUCACCUAUCGCUUCCCGAUCCGCUGACGACACUUCAACACACACCGCUAGCCGGAAACAAGCUCUCACGACGCCUCGACAGACUCAGGAUCGCAGAAGGACCCGCAGCUGAAGACCGCCCGCCCACACCUCGACCGCCGAUGGAAGGAAUCGAAAUCAGCGUAGAGCAUCGACUCCGAUUCCCGCCUACGAACGUCAUCCUCAACGACCCCGGCAUGCCGUACUAUCGCGCCGACGGUUACUUGAUUCCCAUCGGCGAGUCUCCGACCAGCGCCAACCGGAUCAAGAUCCCCAUGCGACUUCAGACGCCUCCAGGGUACCGCGGCACCGUCCACGCACUCUCGCAGGUCGACCCGUCCCUCUUCCGCCCGAUGUCAGCGCCUCCGACUCCCGAACCAGCACCCGAAGACUAUCCAACCUCGCAACGCUACCAUCUCUUUCUCGACGCACCCCGGGACCCGGCCGAACGCCAAUCUCCAUUCUCCAUCGAAAGCUCUCUGGUACCUCCUCAAGACGAUCGCCCCUCGACGCGAACGCUACGGGACUCGGACCCGUACCUCUGGUUCGACGAGGCCCUUUUCGACUACCUCCAUAUCACUUACCCCCUCGCCGACGGAUGGAGCAACAACAUCAACGAUCCAGCGACGUGUCUCCCCGGCCCCGAAGGAGGCGACGCACCCGAGUUGCCCACCGUCGACGAAGAGACGCACCUCGCCGAAUACGACCGCCUCACCAUCAACUACCCGGUCUCCACCGAGCGCACAACGGUGACGCCGCCCCCGUCUAUCUGGCGCAAUGAGAACGAUCCGAGCAGCGGCCCCGUACCGGCCUUCUCGCGCUCGGACACGACGACACCCGCGAGCGAGGAACGUCCUCGAACCCCCACCGGCCGCCAACGAAGCAUGUUCCGGGUCAUGUACGACCGGAUAUGCGAACUCACGGAAGCUACUCAGUUCACCGUGGCCGCGAUCGCCACGCUCCUGUCAAGCCACGCCUCGUUCUAUCGCACCGCCCGCUCUCAGCACGACGCCAUGCAAGCGGCUCUCUCGCAAGUCCUCGAACAGGUCGCUGCCACGUCCGACGCCGUCGCCGAAUACGCUACCGACCACCGAAACUUCGUGGACCGACUCACCGGCGACGUACUCGAUCUCCAGCUCGACAUCAAUGCUAUCCGCACCAAUGUCGAGGCCUGGAACUGGACACCGGAGGACGGCGACGAAGUCGACGUCGACCAUAUUCUGCGCUCUUCGUCCAGCUCCAGCUCAGACAUCGACAUACCCGCCGCCGACUACAACGACCUCCAGCCGUGA